CAGGUUCGGAAGUCACUUGAAAUUCUUCUCGUGAAAAAUGUUAUCCGUGAAUGGUGUGCUAAAACGUAACGGUGAUCGUGGAAAUAGCGUGAAUUGCACACAUGAAAUCGGGGAAAGUUUCUGCAAUGAAACAUCUAAAUCUAGUGUUGUGAGCUCCAGUUCGGUUGGAAAAUCUAAUAGUAUUUGUAACAUUCAAACGUCGCGGAUACCCAAAUGUGCACGUUGCCGAAAUCAUGGCGUUAUAUCCGGUUUAAGAGGUCAUAAAAAGCAUUGUACGUACAGAAACUGCCGAUGUCCGAAAUGCGAACUGAUUUUGUCUCGACAGAAAAUCAUGGCUGCUCAGGUGGCGCUCAAAAGACAGCAAGCUGUGGAAGACGCUAUUGCAUUACGCCUCGCUUCUACCGAGAUGGGUAAAUCACUAGAAACACUGCCACCGGGAAAAAUUUAUGGUAUGACUGUUUCUGAUCCUUGCCCUUUACCCCAAUUGGAACCAUCGUCAUCCAUGGACAUAACUUCAUCGACAUCUCGGACUAGUAGUGAAAAGAAUGUCGACUCAAGCGAAAACGCCAAGACCACGAAUAACACAAUUAACAUACCUAUAUCACAGAAUGCAUUGGACAUGCUGUCGCAACUUUUCCCCCAUCGAAAACGUUCUGUGCUUGAACUAAUUCUCAAACGUUGCGAUCUAGACUUGCUGAAAGCUAUUGAGCAAUGUAGCAAAAAUCCACCAACUAGUGCAUUCAAGCCACCAGUUUCCUCGACAUCACUUAUUUCGCACCAUCAGAUUCCCUUUUCUCCACCUAGUCCACCCAACUACCCAUCGUUGAUUGCCUAUCCAAAAUGGCUACUACCUAUGUCUAUUCCAGUUCAAAUGGGACACAUAGCACCAAGCUUAGCACCGAGAUGUACUCUUCCAAAUUGUGUAAUGUGUGUACAUCAUCCUAUGUAGACAUGAAGUUGGAAUACAGCAAGUGACACAAAGAUCUGCUUCCGACUCUGAGUCGAUAAGAGUCCUUUGUUUCAAAACAUUAGAUAUAAAAAAAUUGAAAUUUAUUACAAGUGCUCCAUUAUCUCAUGCAUCACAUUAGGGGUUGUCGAAUAGUUUAGGAGUGCAAUUUGUUAAAUAGCUAAUGCAGUUUGAUUCAAUUAUGUUUAUUUCCAGUCAAAUCGCUUAGAAUUUGAUUUGCAAUCCAAUACGAAUUAUAAAUGGAUUGUGAGUCAGAUGCAGCAAUUGAUUCCGAGACUUAUCGGCUCUAGAUCAGUUGUUGCAUCUGAUUUGCAAUUCAUUGUGGAUUCAUACUGAAUUCUGAAUCCAAUUCCAGGCGAUUUAACUGGGUUAUUGUUGAACGUUUCACUUCAAGUCGAUAUGCGCUGUGGAUAA